CAGUGGGCUGCAGUGGUCGGUGUUGCGCAGUCGCAGUGGGCUGCAUUGGUCGGCGAGGGCAGGGGCUGUGAUGCGGAGACACGUUUUCCUUACGGGCCCCCCAGGUAUUGGUAAAACUACCUUAAUUCACAAAAUCAUAGAUGUAUUAAAAUCUUCUGGCGUUCCUGUUGAUGGAUUUUAUACUGAAGAAGUCAGGAAAAAUGGAAGAAGGAUUGGAUUUGAUGUUGUUACUGUAUCUGGUAAGCGAGGAACUUUGUCAAGGACUAGGAAUGAUGCAGAUGCUGCAAAUAGUGGGAGAUGUGAAUAUAGGGUUGGUCCAUAUGUAGUGGACCUACCGUCAUUCGAAUGCCUGGCUCUACCACUUCUCUCUAAACUUAAUGGCAAAGAAGACAAAGAAAAAAAUGUGUAUGUAAUAGAUGAGAUAGGAAAAAUGGAGCUCUUCAGUGAACCCUUUAUCCAGGCUGUACGUCAAAUCCUAGAUGGAACCGAUGCCACUGUACUCGGAACUAUUCCGAUCCCAAAGGGAAAACCUUUGGGUCUUGUGGAAGAUAUCAGAAGCAGAAGGGAUGUUAAAAUCUUUAAUAUUUCAAGGGAUAAUAGGGACAGUAUUAUUCAAGAAAUUAUUGCAACAGUGCAAGACUGUAGAAAGAUGAAUGGAAACUGAAGUAUCAUCAAGAACCUGAGGUUUGGGUUGUGAUAAUUAUGGCUUGUACAUGCUUCAUGAGCAGCACGAGCUUUUCAUUAGACUAUUCUUUAUCCUUUCAUCAUUUUGUUUCAAAGUAACUUUCAGAAAUGGAUAUUGAUUUAAUGUACUUCAAGUAGCUCAUCCUGCUUCCAGUGUACCAAGCGAUAAUUUGCUCAUGUGUAAAAAUGGUUAUUUUUAUUUAUACCCCUCAUUAAAGUUCAUAUUUUAAAUGUCA